AUGCAGCAGCUCCGGACUGGCUGCCAUGGCUAUAUCGACGGAUUCAACACGUCCUAUGGAUACAUGCCGUCCCUGGCGGCGGGUAUCGUGUUCCUGGUGCUCUUCGGUCUUUCGAUGAUUGCGCAUACGGUGCAGUGCGUAUGGAGGAGAACCUGGUGGACGAUGGUGUUUACCGUGGGGUGCAUGACGGAGGUCAUCGGCUGGGCCGGCCGCACAUGGUCAAACCAAUGCCCCUACAACUCCGACGCAUUCCUAAUGCAAAUCUCAACCCUGAUUAUCGCACCCACCUUCUUCACAGCCGGCAUCUACGUCCUCCUCGGCUCCUUCAUCAAACUCCUCGGCCGCGAGUCUUCCGUCCUCUCCCCCAGCCUGUACCUCUGGAUCUUCUGCACCUGCGACGUCAUCUCGCUCGUCGUACAAGCCAUCGGUGGCGGCAUGGCCUCCGCCGAAGCAGACAAGAUCGACGGCAACACAGACCCGGGAACCUACACAAUGGUCGCGGGGAUCGUGUUUCAGCUCUUCUCGAUAACGGUGUUUGUGGUCUGCGCUGCGGAUUUUGUGCGGAGGACGAUUAGAAAGAGGCUUUUGCAGAGGGUUAGGGGAUCGAUUGUGCCGCUUUUUGCGGCGAUGGUUUUUAGUGUGUUGUGUGUUUAUGUGAGGAGUAUUUAUCGGACGAUUGAGCUGGCGCAGGGGUGGGAUGGGUAUUUGAUUACGACGCAGAGGUAUUUUAUUGCGUUGGAUGGGGCGAUGAUGGUUGCUGCGGUUGCGGUGUUUAAUGUUUUUCAUCCCGGGUGGUUGUUGCCCAAGGUCACGGAUGGGAGUGGUUCGCAGAGAAAGAUUCGUUCUGAGGAUUGGGGUGAGGGAAUUGAGAUGCGGUGA